UUCUCUCUACAAUUUCCCACCUUAUCUUCUUGGGUCUCAAAUUCAAGAGUGAUGGACCUUUACUCUGUCAAAACUAAACCCAGAAAGAUGACAAUUGACAAAGCUUGUUUGGUAUGGCGAGACAUUUCUACUCUCGAAUCCGGUUUUCAAGAUUCAAUAGGCGAGAAAAAGCUAUGGCGGAAAGACAACAAACCCACUACUUGUUCCUUUUCUUGUAUUUCACUCACGGAGAAGAGAGAAGAAAGAGAAUUCGAACCCACAAUGGCGCAACUCUUGAAGCAUCCAGUCGCUUUUGCUUCUAUGGUUCCCAAAGAAUUGGCACUCUUUACAGCCGGUGCCAUGGCUGGUGCUGCGGCAAAGACUGUUACUGCACCUCUUGACCGUAUCAAGCUUAUUAUGCAGACACAUGGAUUGAGGGCUGGGCAAGAAGCAACUAAGAAGGGUAUUAGUCUUGUUGAGGCAUUUGCAUUGAUAGGAAAGGACGAAGGGAUUAAGGGUUUCUGGAAAGGGAAUCUUCCACAGGUGAUGCGAGUCAUACCUUAUAGUGCCGUCCAGCUUUUUUCUUAUGAAACUUACAAGAGACUAUUUAGGGGGAAGGAUGGUGAACUCUCUGUCAUGGGAAGACUUGCAGCUGGUGCUUGUGCUGGAAUGACCUCAACCCUUGUUACGUACCCACUAGAUGUUUUACGGUUACGUUUGGCAGUAGAGCCUGGUUACAGAACAAUGUCUCAGGUCUCUAUGAACAUGCUAAAGGAGGAAGGAGUUGCAUCCUUUUAUAACGGUCUUGGACCUUCUCUUAUUGGAAUAGCACCAUAUAUUGCUGUCAACUUUUGCAUUUUUGACUUGGUGAAGAAGGCAUUGCCUGAGAAAUAUCGGAAGAGGACUGAAUCUUCACUGGUUACAGCUUUGGUGUCGGCUACUAUGGCCACACUUAUGUGUUAUCCUCUCGAUACAGUUCGAAGGCAAAUGCAGAUGAGGAGUACACCAUACAAUACCAUUUUCGAUGCAUUUUCAGGUAUUGUGGAACGCGAUGGUUUAGUAGGACUUUACAGGGGAUUUAUUCCCAAUGCUUUGAAAAGUCUACCAAACAGCAGCAUUAGACUUACUGCUUUCGACACUGUCAAAAGUCUGAUUGCAGCUGGUGAAAAGGAGUAUCAAAAUAUCAUGAAUGAAAACCGAGACACGAUUAAGCAGCAGUAGCAGCAGCAGCGUUAGUUUUUACAGAAAAAGAUCUCUUACGAUUUGCAGUUGCGAGAAUUAAUUUUCUUUUCAGAUGGAGCUUUAGUCUAUGUUGAGGUGAUUCUUUUUUCUGUGUUUAGUUUAGUAGUCUAUGUGAGAGUUAGUUUGGCCUUGUUAUGGCAAAUAUUAGGUUUAAACCUUCAGAUUUUGAUUGUAUUAAAAUUUCAGAGGCACUUUUCCAACACUUGUAAUGUUUAAUGUUUAUUGUCAUUAAUAUUUUUCUUUAAAAAUUAUGCAAUUU